CCUUGGAAUCAUGGAUCAUGUCAACUACACCUGGACGCGGACUUUCAUCCUUGCUGGUUUUACUACCUCUGGCACCCUCCGACCUCUUGCCUUCCUGGGGUCCCUGUGCAUCUAUCUCCUCACACUGGCAGGGAACUUGUUCAUCAUUGUCUUGGUUCAGGCAGAUUCAGGGCUGUCCACUCCCAUGUACUUCUUUAUCAGUGUCCUCUCUUUCCUGGAACUCUGGUAUGUCAGCACCACAGUGCCCACCUUGCUGCAUACAUUGCUCCGUGGGUAUUCACCCAUCCCCUCAUCUGCAUGCUUUGUUCAGCUCUAUGUCUUCCACUCCUUGGGCAUGACAGAGUGCUACCUGUUAGGUGUCAUGGCUCUGGACCGCUACCUUGCUAUCUGUCGUCCACUGCAUUACCACGCACUCAUGAGCAGACAGGUACAGGUAUGGCUUGCAGGUGCCACUUGGAUGGCUGGUUUUUCAGCUGCCCUGGUGCCUGCGUGUCUCACUGCCAGUUUACCAUAUUGCUUGAAAGAAAUAGCCCACUACUUUUGUGACCUGGCACCACUAAUGCGGUUGGCAUGUGUGGGCACAAGCUGGCAUGCUCGGAUUCAUGGGGCAGUGAUUGGUGUGGCCACUGGAUGCAAUUUUGUCCUCAUCUUGGGACUCUAUGGGGGUAUUCUGACAGCUGUCCUGAAGUUGCCUUCAGCUGCCAGUCGAGCCAAAGCCUUCUCCACAUGUUCCUCCCAUAUGACAGUGGUUGCACUGUUCUAUGCUUCUGCUUUUACUGUGUAUGUGGGUUCACCUCAGAGCAGACCUGAGGGUACUGAUAAGCUUAUUGCUUUAGUGUAUGCCCUCCUGACUCCAUUCCUAAACCCUAUCAUCUAUUCCCUUCGCAACAAAGAGGUGAAAGAGGCCAUGAAGAGGGUCAGUGACAAGAUCAGGACUUUGUUGAGAGACACCUAAUUAUCUCUUUUGACAUUAGCCAUAUUCAGGAUAA